GCCGAAUACGAUUGGACAGCAGUUGAGCCUCUUUUGAGUAACGCUAGUGCCUUCACGCGUUUGCGAAAUUGGAAAAUGCUUGUUAAAAAUCUGGAAGAGUUUUUUAUCGAGGAGCUGCAACACCUUAUGGUUAUUGCACCUCCCAGUAUUUUUCACAUAAUCUUUUCUCCCUCAUCAUGCGCUGCGAAAAGUGAGCUAGAACGUGUUACACUCCUUUUGCUUCUUGCGGCUAUAAAAUGCAAAAGACGGGAAUUGUAUAUCCGUGAUAUCAUGAAUAAUCUCAGCACUGAAACACAAAAGGGUAUAAUGCAGUCCAUAACCAGCCUCACUGAAUAUGCCGACACAACGGUUAGCCUAACCGGAGCUUAUGAGCUUCCCUCUGGACUUCGGUACAACAUAAGAAGGGCACUCUCGAGUCGAGUGGAGUUGUAUUUUCUCUUGGCUGAAGAAGUCCUCCAUCGUAUCUGCGAUAACUAUCCAGAUUGGACUCCAUCAAAAAGGAACCUUUUCAGCCCACAACAAGAAAAACGACAAGAAAAGGAUUUUGAUGUUAAAAUUUCACGAAGUCGAUCACUGACAUCGUCCUUAGACUUUGUUGGUCUUGCCUUUAAAAGGUCUAACGAGGCGAGACAUGAUGUGCUAAAGAGUCCACAAAGUGUGGAAACGGAUACAGCGACUACCUCUGAAACGGGAUACGAGAGUCGUCCGCCUACCGACAAACCUAUGAGAGAGGAAUUGAAGGAAAAGAGGGAUCACAACUCACUCCUGGGUAGUGCAGAGAUUCAGCUUGUCAAUGACGGCGGGGAAAAAGCAAAUGAUACUCAAAUAACCAGAGCUAAAGCGAAGUUGAGGCAGCAAUCUUUGCUAAUUUCAGAGCAGGCUGAUCAGUUGGAGGAGGUGCAGUCGCAGUUGGCGGAAAUGCGAGCAGAGGUAGACCGGCUUAGGACAGAGCGCGCGCGACUGGCGGAUGCGGCGGCGGCGGCUCGACACUGGCGAGACGAGGCCGACGCCGGUCAGCAGGCCAUCGUUCAACUACGCGAAUCUGAGCGAACUUGCGAGAAACUAAAACAACGUCUCGAAGCCGCUCUUUACUACCGAGUUCGGUGUCAGGAGCUUAGUGAAGAAGUCGAAUCCUUGACCAAGGCACGCGAUGCUCUUGAAACCCGUCUUUCUGAACAUCAGGAUGAGCAGUCCAAAAUUUAUUUACUUAAUCAAAAACUCAUGGAACAAUCUCAACGAAUAAUGGAUCUAGAGACGCAACGCGGGAAGGAUAUAGAAGAGAUCUGUCGAUUGAAGAAUGAGGUUACAGAGAGCCGCAUCGAUGCGCUUAGUAUGUCACGGAGGAACUUGACUGCACGGAGCAUCAGUCCCAGCUCUUCCGACUAUGAGAGAAAUGAGCUGUUCUGCAGAUUUCCCAGUCUUCAAAUUGAGACAUCUGCGGCGGAUUCGAUGGUACUUCCUCCCUGUCGAAAUGAAGCGUCUCAAACUCACGAAGAGCAUGAUGCAAACACAAUAAGAAUCCAAGAGUUCUUUCCAAAGGAACUGGAGCAAACCCUCGAAAGAUGUGCCUCACAUUUGAAACGAGUUCGGUCUAAGCUCAAUUUCGGUUAUGGGAGAGUCAACGGCGAUCAGGGUUUUGACACAAUCACCGAAUUUAAUGGAUUGCAAAUAAGAAUCGGAGACAGCACUGAAGCCCUAAUGAAGGGUCUCGAACAGACUAUCCUUGAUAUCAUUGAAGCAGUUGAGGAAAAUGACAAGAAACUUGUCGAUUUGGAAAAAAGAAGAUUCUUCUUCAUCACCUUUUUGGAAGAGGGACUUAGCAUCGCUGAAUUUUCAAUAUCAGACCGCAAGGAGGGCGAUGGAAUCAAGGUUGUCAGACGUAAAGGAGUGAGCACACUGCCGACUGGGGAGCAGGGACAAUUUGGUGCCAACGAAGCAGUAAGAGAAGCCCUUCUUCAGACUACUGAGGCAAAAACGCGCAUCGCUGUCCUCUGCAGAGAAAAGGACGAAGUCACCGAGCUACUAAAGUCCACAGAACACGAAUUGGAACUCUGUAAAGGGUUCCUCAAGCCUGAGGAGAUGCUCUUCUUGGGUCUGCCGAUGUGGCUUUUGGCAGUGAUUUCUGCAAUGUUUGUGGGUGUGGCCGCUUGGGUCGGUGUGUUGUUUGGCUACGAAAACCGCAACACUUACUUGGAGAAAGAGAAUCGCAAUUUGUUGCUCCAAUUAAGAGCUCUUCUUUCCCAAAAUAAGGAUGUAGUGGCAGAGGAUCUUGGAAACAGCGAGUGCCAGUACCGCGAGAAACUUGCUCUUCGUGACGAGUUGGCGUUAAUGCAGCACAAUCAAGAACAACUAGAGGAGAAACUCGUUGAACUGUACAAGACGCUUCCUUCACCCAAAAAGGCUAAAUCAGCUAUAAGUUUCCUCCAGAAGGUGCGUGAUGCCCUUUUGAAAACCAAGGACGUCUACACUUUGGAUAAUAGUCAUCUCUCGUCUACCGAUGGUUUUGAACAAGGCAUUGAACAAGUUUUACAUCCUUCGAAUCUGCGAUGGGACGAAGUGAAGGAUAAUGAUAAUAAUGGGCGCCUUCUGGAUUUCCAGAGGUUCGUAGGCAAUCUGGAAAGGCCACAGUCAGGUCCUCAUCUUGUGAGCCAUUUUGACAAGCUUACUAAAUUGCUUAAGUAG